AUGUGCAGCCAUCUUCCUAAACUUGGAGGACUUCAUCUUGGUAUGAAUUACCUUAAUGGGCAAAUACCAUCCAAAAUAUUUGAAUGCAGGGAGCUCCAAUAUCUAUCAUUAUCAGUCAAUUACUUCACUAGUAGCAUACCGCGAGAAAUUGGCAACCUGACUAUGCAGAAGGAGUUACACCUUGGUAUCAACAACUUGAAAGGUGUAAUUCCAUUGGAGAUAGGUAAUCUUCCACAUCUGGAAAUAUUGAGCUUCCCAAGUGACUCUUUAACAGGGUCCGUUCCAUCUUUAAUCUUCAACAUUUCUUCUUUAAAAACUAUUGAUUUCAGAAACAAUAGCCUAUCUGGAAACCUCCCAGUGAACAUUCAUGAGGGCCUUCCUAUUCUUGAACAGCUGGAUUUUUCAACAAAUCAGUUUGUGGGUCAAAUUCCAUCCGUCUUAUGGAAAUGCAGAGGGCUUCAAUUUUUAUCAUUGAGGGAUAAUAAAUUCAGUGGUACCAUUUCCAAGGAAGUCGGAAACCUCAUUUCCCUCAAAGAACUGAAUCUUGAUGGUAACAACCUGACAGGUACUUUACCAGAUGAGAUUGGCAACCUUAAUCUCAAUGUACUUGAUGUCUAUGGAAACACUUUGACUAGCAGUAUUCCAUUCAAAAUAUUCAAUGUGUCAACAAUGCAAAUCCUUAGCCUGGGAAAGAAUCACUUCUCAAGCAAUCUUCCUUCAGACAUGGGGUUUUGGCUUCCGAAUCUUGAAGAGCUUUAUUUACAACAGAGUGGACUCAGAGGAACAAUCCCAAGCUACAUCUCUAAUGCUUCUAGGCUAACCUUCAUUGCCAUGAAUGCCAACUCAUUCACUGGAUGUAUACCCAAUACGCUUGGUAGUUUAAGACUCUUGCAGAGGCUCUUUCUUAGUACAAAUUAUUUGACUAGGGAAUCUUCUACUCCGGAGUUGAGAUUUCUCUCUUCUUUAACGAAUUGCGGAAAAUUGGAGGUAUUGAGCAUAUCAUUAAAUCCACUGAACGGCAUACUUCCAAUUUCAUUAGGGAAUUUGUCUAAUUCUCUUCAGUGGUUUGAUGCAUUUGGAUGCCAAAUCAAGGGCAACAUCCCAAGUGGAAUCGGUAAUCAGCCGUUAGAUUUUGGAAAUUUGAAGGCCAUAACAAAUAUAGACUUGUCAUGGAAUCACUUAUCAGGUACAAUCUCGAGCACCAUCGGAGGAGCUAACUCGCUAGUUUCUCUCUCCUUGGCCCACAAUAAGAUGCAAGGAUCUAUUCCUAAAUCAAUGGGCAACUUGAUAAACUUAGAAUUCUUGGAUCUGUCCAAUAACAACUUGUUUGGAGUUAUUCCCAAGUCAUUAGAGGCACUCAGGUAUCUCCAAUAUUUCAACGUGUCUUUUAACAAAUUGCAAGGAGAAAUUCCAACCGGAGGACAUUUUGCCAACUUUACAGCUAAGUCAUUUUUGCAUAAUGAUGCACUUUGUGGUGCACCCCGACUGCAAGUUCCCUCAUGCAAAACCAACAAGAAUCGGAGAUUAGCGAGUCUGAAAUAUAUUUUACCUCCUAUUGCAUUAGCAAUUCUUGUUGUGGCCCUCAUAUUUUUGUUGAUGGGACGUCGAAAUCAGAAGAUCGAAUUGCAGACCCAAGCAGAUUGGUCACCUUUUGCAUGGAGGAUGGUUUCGUACGAGGAACUUCUACAAGCAACACAAGCAUUUAGUGAAACCAACCUAAUUGGCAUUGGGAGUUAUGGUUCAGUAUAUAAAGGAAUACUCUUGGAUGGGAUGAGUAUUGCAGUAAAGGUUUUCAAUUUGCAGGUCGGAGGAGCUUUAAAGAGUUUUGAUGUUGAGUGCGAAGUAAUGCGCAAUAUUCGCCAUCAGAAUCUAAUUAAAAUCAUCAGUAGUUGCACUAACCUGGAUUUCAAAGCCUUGGUACUAGAGUACAUGUCUAAUGGGAGCCUCGAGAUGUGGUUGUAUUCUCACAAGUAUUGUUUGGAUAUCCUGCAACGGUUAAAUGUCAUGAUAGAUGUUGCAUCAGCCUUGGACCCAGCAAUGUCCUCCUCGAUGGAAGAUAGUGUUGCAAAUGUUGCUGAUUUUGGGAUUGCGAAACUCUUAAGUGAAGGGGAUAUAAUGUUACAAACUAUGACCUUGGCAACAAUUGGGUAUAUGGCACCAGAGUAUGGAACGGGAGGAAUAGUAUCUACAAGAGGUGACGUCUAUAGUUACGGUGUUAUGUUGAUGGAAACAUUCACAAGGAAGAAGCCGACAGAUGAAAUGUUUGUCGGGGAGAUGAGCUUGAAGAGUUGGGUGAAUGACGCGUUGGAUGGUUCAAUAAUUGCAGUUGUGGACUCCAAUUUGAUGGGAAGCAAAGAAGAAGAAGAUUUUUUUGUGAAGGAGCAAUGUGUAUCAUCUAUCUUGGGUUUGGCCGUGGAAUGUUCAAAUGAUUUACCUGAGAAAAGGAUCAGCAUCGAAGAAGCCUUGGUGGUGUUAGUGAUGGAGGAAUUGGCGGUGAUGGUGUUGGCUGUAGAAAGCAGUGGUAUAGGUGGAAUGCAGCAGUAG